CCCGCUCUGUUUUCGAUGCACUGCACGCCAAAGCGACGCCCCUACGACGCAAGCCUGCUGCUCUACUCUACUCUAGUGGUCGAGGAUGGAGUGACCAGGGUCCAGUGCAGUGCAGUGCCGUGCCGCGGCCUCGCAGGCUCCGUUUGGGAGGGGCUCGCCUCGUCGGGUUCCAGCAUUGCUCUUGCGCGCGCGCCCCCCCCCCCCCCCCCCCCCCCCCCUUUCCUCGGCAUCGCGGAGCGAGCCGAGAGCGAUCGAGGAGGAAGAAACGAGGAGGGAUUUCGGUUAAUCAUCAGAGCGCCGGGGCCGGGAGGGAGGGAAGGGAGGAUGAUGCUGAGGAGGGUGGUGUUCGACCAGGCCGCGGCGGGGGAUGCGCUCGACGGCGCCGCUGGGGGGAGGCCCCGCAGCCCGGCCUUCUUCGCCGUGCCGCGGCUGCUCGUGGGGCUCGCGGCGACCAAGCGCGGGACGCCGGACUGCGACUCUACCGCGCGCGCUUCGCUGCUUGGGUCGCCGCGGUCACCCAGGAGCUGGGACUCUCAGCGCGUCGGUCUGGGCGGCCUUGUCGACAGCCUCGCCGAGCCCGCCGCCGACGCCAAGAAUCGCCUGCUCGGGUUCCAGAUGCGCCCGACGAAGCUGCAAUGCCUCGCGAAAUCCUACACCUCCCCGCCCAAAGACUGCGGGCAUGCGCAGCCGGAGCUCGGGGAGGCGGAGGCCACCGCCGGCGCCGGGGGCAUGUCGGUUCCCUGCACUAGGUUCUACGGGGAUGUGAAGUCUGGUCCAGAGGUCAUCGUGUCCGGCGGUGCUCAGCUCCACCUGGUCGACCGUGCCAAGUUCCCUGCGUCCGGGUCGCUGCCGGUGUCGAUUGGUGGACCACGCAGGUACAUCGGGUCCGUGUCGGCGAUGGAGGUCGAACAGUCGGAGGACUACACCUGCAUCAUAGCUCACGGCUCCAAUCCGAAGACCACCCGCAUUUUCGGGGACUGCAUCUUGGAGCCCUGUCCUGUUCUCAUGCCCGACUGGGAGAGCAAGGAGAUCGAUGUGGACAAGGAAGGAGCUGAAUUGUACUGGCUGGUCGCCGACGAGGAGUCCACGCCCGGCUCCUGCUCCGCUUGCAACAAGGACCUGGAUGGCAACGGAUCUUACGUUUAUCGCGGCGAGAAUGCAUUUUGUGGUGGCAACUGCAGAAACCAAGCAGUCCUGAAUAAAGACGAAGACGAGAACAAUCCUGCAGUCUCCUCUCCCAGCUCACCUAGUUCGACUUCGCAGUUAGACGAGGAUGACAUCUUCACCUGACCAAUGCACCCUGUGCGUGCCAGGAAGAUGGCCAAUAAUGUUGUUUAGUGGUCGUUCAUCGUCGCCAUCGCCACCACCGCUGUCAUUAGUUUGCAUGUUUUUGUAAGUUAUGUUUCAGCAGUUGAGAAAUUGGGUGGAAUUGAUGGACUGGGAGCUGCAUGCCCUCUAGUUUUGGUCAUGAGGCAGUUUUGGCGAUUA